AUGGCUGGAACAAGCUUAUGCUCCAUUGUUCUCGUCCUGCUGGCCGUCAGACUCGUUGCUAGUCACGGUGCUAUCACUGAGGCGACUGGUGAUGCCGGAGGCGCUGGGUCCGCCAUUGGCAUUGAUCCCACCACACCGCGGGAUGGCACUCGCCGCAGGCCGUUCCAGCAGGAUUCCACUCGUUUUAGGGGCGACGCGGCUGACACGUGUGGAGAGACCCUUGGGGCUGGGAACAAUGAGAUCGAAACUGGUGUCCAGACUGUAAUGGAACAGAAUGGCGAUACCCUACCACAGAUCACCCCAGGUGGCUCCGUCCAGAUGACCGUCCACCAAGUCAAUGGUGAUGGUGCGGGGCCGUAUAAUUGUAUGAUCUCUGCCGAUGGAACUGGGACCCAGUGGACUCCGAUCGAGGUCACUGAAAACGUCCCAGGCGAGAGGGGCAGGAAUCGUCAGGGCGAGACUACGGAUUUUCCUCUCACCGCCGCGAUUCCGGCUGACCAGACCUGUACUGGUACAGUUGCAGGCCAAGAGAACGUCUGCAUGGUACGAUGUGAAAAUCCAGCUAGGGCUGGUCCAUUCGGAGGUUGUGUCCCGAUACAAAUGGCCCAAAGUGCUCAGAGACCAGCCAGGCGUGAUCUUACUGAGGACAGCGAGCUCGUCGCUGAGAUCUACGACGAGCUGCAUGCUGAUGGAGAGGAGAUUUAA